CAAAAAAAAGCGUCUUGCUUUCACUAGCAAGCCAAGGGGAAGAAACGUGCAUCAAUGGCGGCGAGAGCAAGAGCGGUGGCAGCCAUGUCCAGCAGCAGCAGCGUCCUCCUGCCCGCGGCGGUGGCACUGACACUGCUGGUGUCGUCGGCGUCGGCGCAGUCCGGUUGCACGACGGCGCAGGUCGGCCUGUACCCGUGCAUGAACUACAUCAGCGGCAACGACACAGCGCCGACCAAGUCCUGCUGCUCGCAGCUCGGCUCCGUCGUGCAGUCCCAGCCGCAGUGCCUCUGCAGCGCGCUAGGAGGCGACUCGUCGUCACUGGGCGGAAUGACCAUCAACAAGAUGCGCGCGCUGGAGCUCCCCAACGCGUGCAGCGUGCAGACCCCGCCGGCGAGCAAGUGCGACGGCGCUGGAGGCGGCAGUGCUCCGGGCGCUUGCUCGGGAUCGAGGACGACACCGACGGCGUACUUGCAGGGGAGUGGCGGGUCGUCGUUACAUGGCAUGGCGGGUCUGGUGCUCGCGCUCUCGGCUGCUGUGAUCUUCGUCGUGUCCACCGUGUGAGGUCUCGGGCUCUCGGCCUUGUCUGAAGCACUAGUUGGUUGGAGAUUGUGUUUCUUGGGUGGUUGUAUUUGCAUUUCCUAUUUUUUGAGGGUUCAUCUGGGCACCGGUGAGGACUGAGGAGGAAUAUGGAGUCAGUGUCGUGUUCCACAUUUGUAAUAUUAUUGGUUGUUUUUGCUGCGGUCACAAUA